AUGGAAGCGGUUGGGGCUGCUUCUGCCAUCCUCGCAAUUGCAACGGCCGGAGUGCAAUGCUCCGUCAAACUCGUGACUUUUGCAGGACAGGUUAAGACAGCGGCGGAGCAGAUUACUAUGGUAGCCGAAGAAGUGUCGUUAAAUGCCAGUAUUCUACAGCAACUGGGCGAAUUGGCGAAGGAGAAUGUCGAAAACGAGCCCCCAGCAUCAGACGAUAAUGGCAACAACACUGCCAACAACACUGUGGAAUCGGUCCACGAUACAAAGACGACAGUAUCAAAGCAGAGUAUCUUCAAUGCAACCGGGCUGGAAACAGUUACGAACCUAGCAAAAAAAUGCGAAGAGAUCUUCGAGUUGCUGAACCAGUCCUUACGCAAAGCCAGCAAACAGCUGCAUGCGAAUUCUGGGACAUCGGGCAAGGUCAAGCUCAGUCGCACAGAGAUGUUCAAAUGGCCGUUCCUAGCUCCGGGGAUGGAUACGAUGCGGAGCGAGCUCAGGAAUGUCAAGGGGACUUUGAUGUUGAUGCUUCAGGUCGCUACGCUGGCUUAUUCGAGAAGGAUGAUGGAGGAAGAGGAUCAGGAGUUGCUGGUUCGGUCUAUUGUUGCGGCGCAGAAAGCCCAGUUGGGUAGUCCUGGGAAGGAAACUUCAGAAGCUUUCAAUGUUAGGAUACCUAGACAACCAUCACCCUCUCCGUCCCAAAUCUUUGCCUCAUCGCCAUCGCGCAUCUUCAGCAUCCAUCUCAUCUCCCCGAGAGCGUCCAUCACAAACCACCAAAUCCAUAUCACCUACGACGCCCGCAUCAUCAAACUCCCAGAUUCGACGAUCGAAUCCAAGCUCCAAGAGUGGAAGGUAUCUUUGAACACGACCGUGAUGGAUCAGCUGGCUGCUCUGAAUACCAAUGAAUAUGAAGCGCUAGAUGCCACGAGGAAUAGCAGCGACCGGACCAUGUUGCAAGAAGAGACACUCGAGUGGAUCCAGUUUGGCGAUUACCAUACCCUAAUUCAAGGCAUUGAAUAUCUCAAGGCCAGAACCCUAACGAUGAUCAUGAGCGGGGUGCCUCAGCCGACUUCACGAUUCCAAGAGGAGAAAAAGCAAGGAGAGGAAGAGACACGGACAACGUGGAUCAAGGUAUGGUGGAACAGCUCUGGCCAGUGCUUCAAUGACCGCUAA